AAAGACCGGCCAUUUUAUAGCCAAAAUUUUCUUUACCGCAAAUGUAUUACAAGGAGACAUCACACUGGGCCUGCCAGCUACCUUGUCAAUCCUUACAACAUGCGAAACCAGUCCUUGCAAAACUAACAUUAACCAAUUUCUUCCUUAAAAUAACCUCAAUGCUCCUUAUAAAUAGCCAUUCACCACCAUUUGAUACCAUUCAGUCUUGCAUAAAGUUUUUUUAAUAAAAAAACAUCAAGCAAUAAAGAAUCAGAACCCUUUCUUCAUCACCAAGGCAGGUCGCGGCAGCUAAUAUCACUCUUUUGCGUCAUGGGAUUGAAGAAGAUCUCCUGUGCUGUCCUUGUCGUUGCUGCCUCCAUGAGUGCAGCCUUGGCAGCUGAUGAAGUCUCAGCACCGGCUCCCUCCCCUACCGGCAGGGCAUCCGCAACCUUGCCUGUUGUUGGAUCCUUGAUUGGGGCUUCCCUUGUGUCGUUCUUUGCCUAUUAUUUCCAGUAAGCUCAUUCAAACUGGAGAAAAAUGAUAAUAUAAAGGAAAGG